AUGAAGUGGACAGCGUUUUUAGUAGCAACGGUAAUGGCCACUGUACAAGUGCAGGCUAAAGAUGAUCUUCCACCUGAUGCAAGUCUACGCGUUGGUGUUAAAUACCGUCCAGAGGAGUGCACUAUGAAGAGUGAUGUGGGUGAUAAGCUGUCCAUGCACUACACUGGAAUGUUGCGCAAAGACGGCGUCAAGUUCGAUUCGAGUUUGGAUCGGAACCAGCCAUUUGAAUUCACACUUGGUACUGGCCGUGUCAUUAAGGGUUGGGACCAAGGACUUGUGAACAUGUGCAUCGGUGAAAAGCGUCGUUUGACGAUUCCGUCGGACCUGGGGUAUGGUGAUCAAGGCUCGCCUCCAAAGAUACCUGGCAAGGCGACGCUGGUGUUCGACGUCGAGCUGCUCGACAUCAAGCGCGCUAGUGAAGAUUUAUAA